AUGGAUCUUGAAGUUGUUGGCCGCCAUACCCUGCUCUUCGACGACGAUGCCAUGGUGGAGUUCACCAACUUCGCAAAUGCCCCUAGUCGAAUGGAACUCUCUCUCAAUCAAUCGCUACGACGUCUGUCAUCUACUUAUCGGUCCUCUUCCACCGUGUGCUCGUCGGCGACUCCACCAGGACGAUGCUCUCGAAUCGGAGCUAGAUCGCGACGGGUGCAAAUUUUUUAG